CACAUUCAUGUUUCUGAUUGUAUUGCUUCAUAAAUAUUUUUCGCCUACGAUAGCCAUGCAGGAGACAACCUGCGCUAGAUUUUUAAUAAAAUAAGUAGUUGUAGUAUAUUACAAAUUAUGGAGCAGCGAAAAUCUAAUUCUCCUAAACUAUUCGUGUGCACCGCCAUAGAAAACAAGGAUGACGUAGAAGAGAGAUAUGAAAGAGCUUAUAAUUAUUUUCAAUCAUUGGUUGCCGAUUGUAGCGAGAAAGAAGCCCAUGACGCGUUAAAUAAUGCUGUUUGUAAAAACCAUGAAGAAGUUUCUGUGGGUAUGUUGAUGUCCAUCCUGACUGAACCUCACAAUGCUACAAAAUGCUACAGAGAUCUUACCCUUGUCACCAGAGAUGGUCUUACUUGUGUGCUCAACAAUUUGUCUACCUUAAUUCUAGACAGAUACUUAAAAUUUCAAGACACCACCCGUAACCAAUUAAUAUGGCUUCUGAAGGAAAUGAUAAGGAAUGUAGUUACUGGCGUAGAUAGCGUGUGCUGGAAUCUGAUGCGUUAUGCAUCCGGAGGUGACAUAACCCCCAAGAAUAUAAUCUUAGUAGAAUCUCUCUUGGACAUAUACAUUGAAAAUCGUGCAUGGUUGGAUAAAUCACCUGUACUUAUUUGUAUGGUAGUAUACACAUAUUUAAGAUUGAUAGAAGACCACAAUUUACCACAUCUGGCUAAUUUACGUCAGAAGGAAGUCAAUUUUGUUAUAGCACUAAUAAGAGAGCGGUUUUCAGAAGUUAUAAACCUAGGAAGAGAUUUAGUGAGAUUACUUCAAAAUGUUGCCUGCAUUCCAGAAUUCAACCAACUUUGGCAAGAUAUUUUGUUAAAUCCGAAAUCAUUGUGUCCCACUUUCACAAAUGUUUUGCAAUUACUGCAAUCAAGAACAUCACGGAGAUAUUUACAAUCCCGAUUGACACCUGACAUGGAGAGGAAAUUAGUUUUUUUGACAUCACAAGUCAGAUUUGGUAGCCACAAAAAAUAUCAAGAAUGGUUCCAGCGACAGUAUCUAGCAACUCCGGAGUCUCAGUCGCUUCGCAGUGACAUGAUUAGGUUCAUAGUUGGCGUAAUUCACCCUACUAAUGAAUUGCUGUGCUCUGACAUCAUUCCACGGUGGGCAGUAAUAGGUUGGCUUCUCACAACUUGUACAUCUAAUGUAGCAGCAUCAAAUGCUAAACUUGCCCUCUUUUAUGAUUGGUUGUUCUAUGAUCCAGAGAAGGACAAUAUAAUGAAUAUAGAACCAGCAAUCCUGGUCAUGCACCAUUCAAUGCGCUCACAUCCAGCAGUCACCGCCACAUUACUAGAUUUUCUGUGUCGAAUCAUUCCAAAUUUCUAUCCCCAAUAUGCUGACAAAGUUAAGCAAGGAAUUUAUAAUUCACUGCAGCAAAUAAUAGAAAAGCGGGUGUUGCCAAAUUUACAACCACUGUUUGAUUCACCUAAACUAGAUAGAGAAUUAAGAACCACAGUAAGAGAAACUUUUAAAGAAUUUUGUACCAAUGGAAAUGGUGAAGGAGUUUCUGGUAUUCGUGAAGAAGGGAAUGAAGAAAUACCAAGGGGAGGGCCUGAUGAGCCAGCAUUUUCUGACGACGAAGAUGAGUCUCCUCCAGCUAUAGUGGAAGCCGCAGUAAUAGCAGAAGAUACAGAUGAUGAUGACUUACCCCUUUCGGAAGUGCGUGCGCGAGAACGGCCUGAACUGGCAGAUGCUAUGCCCCUUUUAUUAAGGCCAUUUGCCGAGACUCUUUUAGAUGAACGGUCAUCGUCUGCCACAACUGCUUUACUAAAUGCCUGUAGUGCUCCCAUGCCGACACCCACGGCUCUUGCUGAUUUAGUGACCGCCGCAGUGCAGGACUCUCCACCUUUACACAUCAAUAGUAGUCCGAAACCAGCAGAACUUGAUGCAGCAUUGAACUCCCCAAUAUUCUCUAUGUUCCCUUUUCUAACAGCAUCUGGAGAUGGAGCAGAAGCUAGACGAAAACUAGUAUUAGAAACAUUCAAAGAAAUACACAAACAAGAUAUAUAUCAUAACGUGGGAUUCUACUUGUUGUUCUAUUUGAAAGUAUGUUACGAACGAGAACUUAGAGCAGAAAGGGAUGUUACGAAAAGAAGACAGAUGAAAUUCAAAGCUGAACUGUAUAGAGAAUAUUGUAGUUUUUUGGAAUUAAAAAUAGGCGAAAGUCUCGCAGAUGACUUCGAAAGGUGUCAGGAAUGUGAUGCUAAUGUUCUAGUUUGGUUGAUACCAGAUGUGUACAGAGAGUUCAAAGACCAAGCUCAAAAUCAUAUAAGACUCCUUCAUACAAUAGUUUCCACUUUGGAUGCCAGUCAAUUGCAGCAAUUAGUCUGCCUCACAUUGCAAGGGAAUCUGAUGAUGUUUAAAUCUGAUGAUAUUACAACAAUGUUAUCAACUAGCCUCGGUUGGGAAACAUUUGAACAAUACUGCCUGUGGCAAUUACUGACUGCCCAUGAUAUUUCCGUUGAAGAUGUAUUACCAAUAAUACCUAACUUGUCUUAUAAGGAUCAUUCAGAGGCGCUCACAUCAGUAUUGUUAAUGCUGAAGCAAGAGAAACCGAACACAGAUGUUUUGCGACAAUUAUUUUGUAGGCCAGUAGAUCAAGAGGACACAUUUGUUGUGUCAACAUUGAUGUAUUGGUGUCAGGAUUAUGAGGACAAAGUCGGAGAUUUAAUAUCGGUUUUGCUGAGUACACGAUACCCAGGCACCAGUCCGAACAAGAGAAAACGCCCAGGCAAGCACAGCAUACCGCCAAACGCGCCACCCUCCGCGGAACUGGUGCUCGGGCACUUGGAACAGUUAAGACUAUGUUGUCUAGAGCAGGAUGACAUGUCUCUUUUCAACAUGCAGUGUAUGCAGAAAGCAUUGCAGCAAGCGCAGUCCAACAGUAGUGAUUCAUUACGGAGACAAUACGGCGAUUUAUUUUGCCUAGUAUGGGAAGAUGAACUGCCGAUAUCAAGGCGAGCUAGGAAAAUGGUGUCCAUGUCAAUGCCGAUCAACCAGAACUUGCAUUCAUCCAAUGAUGAUAGCGAGGAGGAAGAGAUCGUAAAGCCCAAACAAGCUAAACGUCGGAAGAAGGCGAUUUCUGAUAGCGAUUGACAUAUCUUGUGGAAAAAAAAUGGUAAUUUUAAACACCAAAGUGCAACUCUACAAUACAAACAAUAUUAGUAGAUAUUGUUCGAUUAUUGGCCCAUGAAUUCUUAAGGAAAAACUAGAAUAAAUAAAAUACGUGUAAAUGAAGUUAAAUGUUCGAAGCAAGCCUAAAACUUCAUUGGAAUACAAUUUGAUGUCAGCUAUUUCUAUUCAGAUUUUCCUUAUAAAACACUGAUCUGAAAAUACGCGCUAAUGUUUGGAUAGAAGCUAUAGUUACAUCAAAUAAUGGACUCGUCUUGUCAUUAUUUAAGAACUCGUUAUAAUUUUAGAGGUUGCUUCUAGAAAACAACAACAAGAUAAAAAUAAUAAUUAGUUUAUCUUCUUUCCACUAGAGAAAUCCCCUCUCGGAUAACUAAGACAAAGAGCUUUUCAUUAGUACAUUGUUUUGUACGUUGAUUACCAUAUUCCAAGAACUAUGGGCCAUUCUAUACAAUAAAUUAUUUGUUACCCCUUUUGUUAUCAAACACACAGGUGCAAUUCUAAGAAUAGUACCUUAUUUCCAUGUAAAGCUGCCUUGGUAUGUGUUGUUUCAACCAUUCUGGCUGGUUUAGGAUAUAUUUGCUGAAAUUAAGUUUUGUUUGUACAUCCGAUUUUUGUUUAGCAUGACUUGACAUUUUAUGCACGAACUGAACAAGUUGUAAACAUAGUUAAGUUCUUCUCAAAGAGAGGAAAUAGUAUAUAAGGGAAAUCCUUGAAAUGAGCACAAAAAUGUAUAUGUAUUCUGUUUCAAUUCCAAAUGAAAAUUGUGAUCAUAUCAUUCUGCAAGGGCCAUUCAAAGACAUGUAUUUUGAAUAACGUAGGCGAACAAUCAUACAACUUUAUGUUCGUUCAAAGAUACCUACGCCAAAAGAUCGUCGACGCAGUAAAAAUUACUUUUCGAUCGCUUUGGCCACGAGACGUUUUUGUACAAAAAUGAGCCAAAAUUACAUUAGAAAUGAAUCGAGUGUUGCCUAUACAUUGAACUUUAGUUUACUUGAAAGUGGUUUCACAUUCAUAAAUACGCUUCAAAUAUGGAAUUCAUACUUCGAAAAAAAAUGCAACUAUGAGUUUUUAAUUAAAAUAAGAUAGCUUAUCACAAGUACUUAAUUCCGAUUUUUAUUUACAAAGUUAAUAAUAAAAAGUAUUUUACAAUACAAAAGUAUUUUUUGUCUAAUUUAUAAAGUGUUAUUUCAAAUGAAAAUAACCAAUCAACUGUUUGGUAUCGUGCACAUGUUUCAAAAUUAAAUUGGUCAUGUCAUAUACUGUAUAUUUUAGCCUAUAAAUAGUCAUUAUUUGUAAAGCUAGGUACGAUAUUGGUGUACAGUCUUUUAAUUUCCGCAUACAGUGUCGAUUUAUUUUAAGUGUAAAGUAUGAGACCAAGAUUUUUAUUCAAAGGAUAUAUUGUAUUGAUGCGAUUUUCGAAAUACGUUUUACACUAGGAUCAAUAAAGUAUUUCCCCCUACAUAUGUUUUCAUU